UCCCUGUACGACGCUUGCGGGGCUGAGCGAUUACGCCGCCAGCUGCGCCUUUCUCCCUCUGUACUACUCGCCGGAUUGGGCGAUGUUGCCGUCAGCCUCCGCCUCCGUUCCCGUAGUGGGUAGUAUCGGAGGCUACGCUCACAAAUCGACUGACUUCUCUGCCCUCCCCGUACGGUGGUCACCGGAUUGGUCGACGACGGUGCUGAGCUGCCACGCCGUACGUGGUAGUGGACGCUGUAGUCAAAAAUCCCCUUCUCGACUGGUCCGGCCGCCUAUCUCCGUUGCGUGCUUCUUGGUUUCUCCGCUCGAUUUGCGAUCUUCAUCUACAGAUUACCUAUAUUGCCGGUUUGGUUUGCUGUGGCCGGUUCCUGCGGAGGCCCUAGGGGCCUCCACUCUACCCAGCAAAGGUUAAUAGAUUUAUCUAUUCUGUGUUACAUGUAUUUACUUACAUGUUACCAUCUUUGACAGCCUUAUUGCUUAUUGCUCUUUCGUGGUUUCUUCGUGGGGUUUUUACUUUGUUCUUCCUCCUUAAUAUACAUUGCUCUUUGAUUUUUCCUUUGUAUUCCUAUUUGUUUGCGUCACGUCUUAACAUUUUAUCGCCAUGGUAGUGACCUACAUCUGCUUUGCUUCUAUGGAUAUUCCUGGUUCAUCACAGCAACGCACACGAAGAUGUGGUAUAUAUACUCCUUCACCUCUCUAUUUGUGCUAGGUGUAUGCAUUUAUAGUCCCGUAACUUUGUGUUGGAUUUGGUUCUUCUUUCUUAACUUUUUCUGACAUUUUUGUGCCUCCGUUGGCAAAAUGGUUACUAUAUUAGUACCAUUAAGUUUGCUCCAUCGAGAUGGUGACGCACAGUCUCAGACGGGUGGUUCUGCGACACUAUUAGGUAUGGUGGUUGCGUAAAUAAUGCACUUGGAAACAUUGGCAUAAAACAACCAUCAGACGUCGUCUCAGCGAUUUGCAGACUUGCCAGUUCAUUAUAUAAGUUAUGUUUGCUCACUUGGUUGCACAGCCAGGACAGAAAAGUGUUGCUUCUUUUUACCGUGCAUGUCAAUUUUUUCCCUAGCCGCUCAGCCUAUGGCCUUAAAUUUCGUUAAUCAGGACCACUCACGGUGCCUUCAUCUCAGCGUCGACCAGUCAAUAGAGACCAUUUUUACCCCAUUGUAUCACCACAUAUUGCCCGCCAAAAUCGAUCGAGGAGACGUGCUAUCAACAAUAUGCGUCGUUCUAUCUGGCGGGCCACCUUUUCACUAGGUUACAUUCCAUCUGGUCCUUACAUUCCACCUAUCCACUCUCUACCGAGGGAGUAUGUUUCGGCUGUCAAAGGUGACAAACCUCCCUUUGUAAUGGUGUUGUCUCUUUUAUGCUGCCAUGUGACUAUUGUACUAGAUGGGAUCGUUCUUGUGUAAUUAACAUUAUCUAUGUUGUUUUCUCUAGCUACAUAUCCACACCGCUCAUACUAUGGUGCGCCUGAUUAUACAUGUACCCAUUGCUUUGCGGUCUUUUGGUAUCAGGAAAGGGUUCAAAGUCAGAGUUCAUCUUCAGGUCAUAGGAUUGCCUACAAUUUAUGUUGUCGUCAUGGAAAGAUAGCUUUGCCUACAUAUAGGGACUUUCCUCCUCUCCUACGAGAUCUUAUAUGCUUCGAUGGCACAACCCGUUCAAAUACCUUCAUGCGCUUGAUUCGCCAGUAUAACUCUUUAUUUGCGUUUACAUCUCUUGGAGUUAACAUUGAUACUGCUAUCAACACUGGUGUUGGACCAUAUGUCUUUCGUAUUAAUGGUGUUGUGCAUCAUCGUAUUGGUUCUUUAUUACCACCUGUUGGGAGACGGCCAGAGUAUGCUCAACUGUACAUAUAUGACACAAACAAUGAGUUAAAUAACCGACUCAAUCUUUUUCAGUAUGAUGGUCCCUAUCAUGAUUAGCCUGAUCCUUCCAUUAUCAAUGAACUUAUACAUAUGCUAGACACACACAACCCUUUGGUUAGGCAAUUCAGGCAUGCACGUGAUAGGUUACUCUCUCCAUCCGCUCCUGAUAUUGCUAUUAAACUAAUUGGGUCAACCAGGUCACAGGAUAGUCGAUUUAGUCUUCCUACCUGCAGUGAGUUGGCUACUUUAAUUGUUCCAGCCUCAUCUGCUGAGGUAUCCAAAUUUGAUGUCAUUGUUGAGAAACAGUCGGGCGAAUUAAAGAACAUAUCACCGAUCCAUCCUGCAUUAAUGUCUUUACAGUAUCCCAUCCUUUUCCCAUAUGGUGAUCCAGGUUUUCAUCUUGGUAUCCAGUAUAGAGAGGUUGAUGAUGAACCCCCUGGUGCACGUACAGAUGUUACACAGCUUGAGUACUAUCGUUAUCGCUAUCACUAUCGAAGAAACCAACCAAAUCCAUUUAUUUGUUGUGGCCGUCUCUCGGAUCAAUUAAUUGUGAACUCAUUCUCAAGCAUUGAGGCAAGCAGAUUGACUUUCCUUCUUUUCAAUCAGAAAAAACUUCGCUCAGAGACAUACCAAGGAAUAUCUGAUGCUGCUUGCCAUGCAAAUGCAGCAGGAAAGGAUAUCGGUAUCAAAACCAUGCUCCCUGCAAGUUUUAUUGGUGGGAGACGAUAUAUGGUGCAGAACUAUCAUGAUUCCAUGGCAAUUUGUCGAGCUUAUGGGCCUCCAGAGCUAUUCAUCACUUUCACAUGUAAUGCUAAGUGGUCUGAGAUCAUAGAGGCCAUACAGUGUGAACCAGGCUAGCGCCCAAGCGAUAGGAGUGACAUGGUCCGUAGAGUAUACCACAUUAAACUAACUGAAAUGCUCACUGACAUCAAGGAUGGCCAUGCUUUUGGUGCUGUCCGUGUUGUUGUUUACACGGUUGAGUUUCAGAAGAGGGGACUACCUCACGCACAUAUACUUGCUUGGUUAGCUGAUAGAGGAAGAGAUCCUACACCAGCUUUUAUUGAUGACAUCAUAUGUGCUGAGAUACCUAACAUAAACAACGAUCCGCUCGGAUUUGGAUUAGUUGAUGAGCUUAUGAUUCAUGGUCCGUGUGGUGAUCUCAAUCCUUCAAGCCCAUGUAUGAAAGAUGGUCGUUGCUCGAAGAACUACCCAAAGCAAUUUCGUCCAAAAACAACUAUUGAUCAGAAUGGAUUCCCUCAAUAUCACCGUCGUAAUGAUGGUAGGUUUGUUAUCAGAAAUGGUGCCAAGCUAGACAACAGAUGGGUUGUUCCUUACAAUCCUGCUUUGCUUAAGAAGUUCCAAGCGCACAUCAAUGUUGAAUGGUGUAACAAGACAUAUCUUGUGAAGUAUUUAUUUAAGUAUAUCACAAAGGGCCAUGAUUACGCAAACAUGGUGUUGCGUGCUUCCAAUGGAUCUGAAGGCAUAGAUGAGAUUUCAGAAUACAUCAGGGCAAGGUAUUUAUCUUCUCAUGAAUCGAUCUGGCGAUUAUUUGGUUUUGAGAUUCAUGCCAGAACACCAGCUGUUGAGAGAUUAUCUGUCCACCUUCCUAAUAUGAAUGUUGUCACAUAUGAAGAAGAAUCAGAUUUACAGGCCAUUAUCGAAGAUGCCAGAACACUAUGCUAACUGAAUGGUUUACCACUAACCAGCGCUUUGUGGAGGCUCAGGACCUCACCUAUUGUGAAUUCCCUACCAAGUAUAGUUGGAAGGCUGAUCAGAAGAUUGGAAGAGAAGGACAAGGGGAAUCAAGAUUGGUAGGCUAAGACACAUCCAUCCAAACACAGGUGAACCAUUUUACCUCAGGAUGCUUUUGAUGGUUGUGCGUGGAGCAAAGUGUUUCGAAGAUAUCAGAACAUAUGAGGGGAAAUUAUAUGAUACAUAUCGUGAGGCAUGCCAAGCACGUGGUCUUAUUGGUGAUGACACUGAGUGGGUGCACCUCUUUGAUGAAGCUAUUGUUUGGGCAACUUCUUAUCAACUCAGAAAUAUGUUCAUGACAGUUGUGGUUUAUUGUGAUGAUGGCAAUAUUGCAGAGCUGUAUGAUAGGUAUUGGACAUACAUGGCUGAUGACAUUGCUUACAAAUUACUUCAUGCAUUAGGUCCUCAACUUGGUACUAUUUCUGAUGAAUUGUUGCAAGGUACAUUGCUGAAAGAAUUGGACAGUCUCUUCUCGAGUAAUGGUCUUUCGAUGUCAUCAUAUAGUCUCCCACAAUUACCACCAACAGCUGACUCAACCAACACAAAUAGGUUGCUUCUACAAGAGUUGUGUUAUAAUAGAAUUGAACUAUCUCAUAGAGCACACCAGAUGUAUAGAGAUCUCAAUCAAGAUCAAAGGCAAAUAUUUGAUAAGGUCCUUGAUGCAAUCUCAGCUAACAGAAAAUGUGUUUAUUUCGUAUCUGGCCAUGGUGGAACAGGAAAAACUUUUUUAUGGGAUGCUAUCAUUACUAGGAUUAGAUCACAAGGGCAAAUUGUCCUUGCUGUUGCAUCUUCAGGUGUUGCAGCACUAUUAUUACCCGGUGGGUGCACCGCUCAUUCUCGCUUUCGCAUUCCUCUUGAUAUAAAUGAUAGAAGUCUUUGCCACAUAAAAAGAGGGACUAUUCUGGCUGAACUAAUUAUGAAAACUAGCCUCAUCAUAUGGGAUGAGGCACCCAUGACUCAUAGGUUCUGUUUUGAAGCAUUGGAUCGCACGUUACGGGAUAUAUCGUGCAUGGAAAACCCUGCAAAUGAAGGCAAGCCAUUUGGGGGUAAACCAAUAUUGUUUGGCGGUGAUUUCAGGCAGGUUCUUCCAGUAAUUGAGGGUGGGACACGGGCUGACAUAGUUUCAGCCUCUUUGAUCAAAUUACCACUUUGGAGACAUGUUGAGGUUAUGCACCUAACAGUUAAUAUGAGAUUGUCAAAUCCUUCUUUAUCAGAGGCUGAUAAGGAAGAGUUCUCUACAUUUGCACAGUGGGUUCUUAGCAUUGGUGAAGGCCACAUACCAGCUCAAAGAAGACCGGGUGAAAUUGAUUGCUUUUGGAUAGAUUUACCUCCUGAUUUGCUUCUUAGCCCUACUGGAGAUAAAGUGGCUGCUAUCAUUGAUGAAAUAUAUCCUGAUUUCCAUCUUAACUAUGCCUCAGAAGCAUACUUGGCAGAGCGAGCUAUUGUUUGUCCAGUAAAUACCAUUGUAGAUGAGAUAAACAGCAGGAUUCUUGAUCAGGUCCCUCAGCCUGCAAGAUCUUAUCUCAGCUAUGAUCUGAUUGCCAACUCAUCAGAACAACCGAUGAUAUUGAUCUUCUGUAUCCCAUUGAGUUUCUUAAUUCCAUUACCCUCAAUAAUUUCCCUGGACAUAAUCUGUCCCUCAAGCUAGGUGCUCUUGUUGUCCUUCUUCGCAAUAUUAAUCAAUCAGCUGGCCUAUGCAAUGGUACAAGGCUAAUGAUCACCAGGCUAGGCGAUCAUGUGUUAGAGUGCAAAGUGAUCACUGGUACACAUACUGGUGAUAUGGUAUCCAUACCAAGGAUUGUUCUUAAUGGGAACAGCCCCAAGUGGCCAUUUACAUUAAAGCGGCGGCAAUUUCCAUUAAGGCUUUGUUAUGCAAUGACAAUAAAUAAAUGCCAAGGCCAAACAUUACGAUAUGUUGGUGUCUAUCUCAGGAACCCUGUCUUCACUCAUGGACAAUUAUAUGUUGUUGUUUCAAGAGUCACAUCCAAGAAAUGCCUGAAGAUAUUAGUUGAGAACGAAGAUCGGAGUACUGGUUCAACAACCAAGAACAUUGUCUACAAUGAAAUAAUGCCUUAUAUAUAACUCAGCCUGCAGCUCAUCUAAUGUUGCCAUAUAUCUUCAAUGCUUCUUUUCAUGUCUGCUCAUAAAUCAUCCUAUGUAUCAAAUUACCUAUGCCAGUGCAUUUGUGUGUUAUAAUAUAUCAAUAUCAUCAUCACCCUUCGACUGCUUUUAUAUUCUAUUUGUUCUAUUUAUUUAUGUUCUUUAGUCUAAAUGGUCCCUUUUAUUACCUCUCAGAGCGCCUUUGGGUUUCACUUUUUAUUUUUCGACUGCGCUUUUUUAUCUCAACGAUCUGCUUAUCUUUGCAUACCCUUUUUUCUGCUUCUUCAGCCUAAUUUUUGGCUUUUCCUGUUUGGUGCUUCUAUAUUUUUAUCACAUAUUGUUUGUUACAGACCCCUACUAACCUUAUUAACAUCCUAUAUACAGAUGCAGUACUCACUACUGAAAGAUGUUACACAAGAAUCACACUCAUGGCGUGUCCGUGUACAGGUCACGCGCUUCUCAGAGUACAACAGUGAGGAUCAACCACCUGUGCUUUUGCGCCUCGACCUAGUUCUCCUAGAUGAGGAGGGAACAAUGAUGGAUGCUCAGAUACCUGGCAGACACAUGACAUCAUUUUCUCCCGUUCUCAAAGAAGACCGGGUCUAUUAUAUAACAUACUUUGAGGUUGCAGAAGCAAGAGCGUCGUAUCGUCCAGUUGAUAACCCAAUAAUGGCAAAAUUCACAAAACACACCCAGAUCAAAGAGAUCAAUCAUGUCCCUGACUCAUUUCCUCGGUAUGCAUGCAAAGUCAUUCCUUUUGAGACUCUCCAAGCACGUGUAGACAUAACUGAUGUGCUAUCAGAUGUUGUUGGCAUGCUGACUGCAGUUUCCGCCAUAUCAACAGUUCGAAUCAGAGGAGGACACAAAGAAGUUCGUAAUAUACAAAUCACCGAUGGGAGAGAGACAAUAUCGGUUUCAUUAUGGGGUCCACAUGCAAGGCAAUUUGAUGCUGAAGGGCUUCAGGCUGAGGCUAACAUGCACCCAGUCAUCAUGCUCUUUGUUGCUGUAACCUCAAAAAUUUGUGAACAGCAAUUAACUUUGUAUGGCAGCACUAUAUGCAGAUGGUAUUCUAAUGCAAUGAUACCAGAGGUUGUUGCUCUACAGCAAAGCCUUACUGCCAAACCACAUGGGGUCACCUGGUUUGGCCAAACCGUGACCAAAAAACAACAUUCCAAUGUUACAGUACCUGACAUAGCCGGUCUAAACCCACAUGACAUUCUGGGCAAUACAUAUGUUCUGAACAUAGCUAUCAAAGGGAUUAUUCCUGGUGACAACUGGUGGUACAUAGCAUGUCAGAAAUGUAAGAGGACAGCUGCUCAGGAAGGAAGCUUCUACAAAUGCAUCAAAUGUGGUGUAACCCAACCUGAGACUAGGUUUGUAAAUCCCUCAUGCCUAUAAAAGGUUACAAUAACAUGCCACCAAUUACCCUUUACAGUUAUAUGUUUUCUUGUAUAUUGUAAGAUGGAGAGUUUUUCAAUUAUAUUCAUUAUCCUCUAGAGGAUCACAUGUUCUUAUA